AUCGUUUGACGAUGACAUGACGUUCAAAAGGGACGUCGAUUUUGAGGACGUUGACACAUUCCCAAAUCGAUUCCAUAAAAAUGAAAUGUUUUACGACAAGGGACCAGGAAACAAUCAGAUUCCCAAGGAAUGGAUUAAAACGAAGGAUCUUUGUUCUUUAAGCGAUUGGUUGAACUCGGACAAGAAUCCCGAAAUCGAACUGGACAAAUCGGGGGAUCAAUGGAUUCAAUACCAAUCCGGUCAAAAGAAUAUGCCGAAUUCCUUGGACUUGGACAAAGAAGCGAGCUUAAAGACGGAUGCCAGACUAAACGUGAGAAAUCAACGAGAUGAAACGAAGAAGGCGGCUACGCCGUCGCUGGAAUCUCUCAAGGAGACGAUAUUAGAAUUGAAAAAAAAUCUGAACGAAGCCGAUAGAAAGCGACGUGUGAAUUUCAAAAGCACGGACUCGUCGAAAGUCAGUGAGAAAGGGAACGAUAAUCAGGAAGAGAGAGAACGGAAAACGCGUACAAAAGAUAACCACAAGAAAAACGAGGACGACGGCGUUCUCACUCAAGCAAGCUCUGAUUUACGGGGAGGAGACCGAGAUGCCGAAAGGUUCGACUUGAGAAAGCGUGAACAAGUCUCGAAGGAGCUCGAGGAUAAGAAUGCUCAUCCGAAAGUGCGGAGGACGAAAAGGACCAAAGCUAAUAAGGACGAUGGUAACCCGAAACUCUUUCACAGAGCGGGGUUUGGAGCGUCGUACCUUGAAGAGAGCGCUUUAAAGGAGCUCCAUGAUCGCAGAAGACGUAGCAAAGGGACGCCAACAGAUGAAAAACGUCAUGCAGACGAAGAUGGGAGCAACUCAGGAGCUGACGAGAAAAAUCCGAUAACUAUAUUAAAAGCGAACGAUGACAACGAUGCAACUAUUUCGGAGAAAAAGGAAUUGAACAAUUUGCAAGAGGCCAACAGUUUCGAACAAGCGAGCAAACCAACCGGAGAUAGGGAGGAUGCCGCGAAUUCCAGGACCUCGAACGCGGAGAAGACAGAUUGUCAAAAACCAGAAACGGCUAAGAAUAACGUACAAUUGGAUGUAUCGCGUGAAAAUCUGAAUGCGAUGGAAAACAGGUUGAUGAGGAACGAGGAGAAGGGUGAAAGUCUCCGGGGAAAUUCUUUGCGAACCUUCGAAUCCGUGACGAAUGAAUUGCAGCCUGUUUCUCCUCCCAACGAAAUCUCGAGUCUCGGCGCAGACCGUAGAGAGGAGAGUAGCAAGGAAACCAGAAUGCAGAAAACGGAAGAGAAUCGAGAGAAUGUCGGCUUGGCUAAAGGAGAACAGGUGAUCAAAGUCUUUGAACCUCAGGGGCGUCUGUAUCAAAACAGUGAACGCACAAAAGAAGUCAGAGGAACCGAGCCAGAAAACGAACAAGGAAUAUUAUCUCAGCGACCGACCGAAGACAAAAGGUCACCGAAUGAUUCGGGAAACAUGAAUAUCCUCGUCAAGUCGGAGAACAGAAAUGUGAUCAAGUUCAGCAAUGAUUGUACCAACGAUAAGUCGGGAAAUCGGCCGUCGUCGUGUAUGUUGAACGUGUUCGAUAUGAAGAAGAAAAUGAUUCUGGAGCACGAUGAUAAUCCUAGUAAAACAAUCUCCACUCUCUUCGACGUGAAGUAUGAGAAAGCGCAGAUCGACGAACCCGUCAAAUCUACCAACAAACGAGAGGAAAACCUAGGGAACGAUGACGUCCCGUUUGGUAAUGGAGUUUUCGAUUUUGAAAGGAGCAAAGAUAAGGAAGUGCCGUACGAGGACACGCCCGCGUCUACGAACGACGUGAAGCAAAGAAACGCCGAUGAAAAACGACUCGAGAACUCCGCGGAGUUGAACAAAGGCUCGGAACAAAGCGGUGUCAAUGAUAAAGGAAGUCAAAACUGGUUCGAGAACGCGAUUCGUAAUCAAAUGGAUAUGACCGUCGAUCAGGGUGCAGCAGAGAAGCCUAAUGAAAUAGGUGAGAAGGAGAAACCCACGAGUGAGGAAGAACGGCUUGGCGAUUACAAAGAAAACGCGGAUUCGAAUAAUAAAAUAGAAUUAAAGGAGGCGAAAGACGAACCGCAGACUAAGAAAAGGUAUCACGAAAUAUUUAUAGUGCCUAGUGGAAUGGAUGAUCGGAUAAUCAGCGAUAAAUACAGUCAAAGAAGAAUACUCCAAUACAUGGAAUAUUCUAAUGACGAUGUCGAAGAUGUUGAUAUAAAUUACAAUAAUAAAGAAGAGGACGGCCAGCAGCAAGUAAAUGAAGAUAAGAACGACGUGUCAGUACGAAGGAAAGAGCGAUCGUCAGUGGAUAGCGAUACCAAAAGCAGAGGAAAAGUGAAUAUCAUGAUACAAGACAAACUGCAGAAAAAGAAAAAUCCCAGCCGUAAUCGAAAAAGACGAAAUCCAAGCGUGAUCGAGUAUUACGAUUACGAUAGCGACAUGGAACAGGAAGCACUGUCCCCGACAAGCGAGCAAGAACGAAUUAAAAAUAAUUAUCAAGACAAGAACGUCAAUUCCGAUGCGGGACUUGGUAAUCAUGAGUGCACUUCACCAUCCUCGAAAACCUAA